UCUUUCUAUACUUCUGUGCUAUAGAGAACUAGAAAUAAAACGCAUGUCCUCUUAGAAGUGUAUUUGAAAAGGAAAUACAAACAGAGCAUUGCAUUUUGGGGUAGGACAGACUCAAAGGAAGCUUUAAACUGGUUAGAAGACAACAAAUUUUCUGUACCUGCUGUACCAGCUGCUGUAUGUUUGGAGGAUGCUGUCAGAAGGUUACCUUUACACAAUCGCCUACCUUUGUGAAGACCUGAGCCCUGAGCUCUACAGCAAGAGUUCGGCUGAGGAAAUGGUGUACGAAAUGAGGUCCAUUAAUUAUUCUUCCAUGGACGAAGCACAAGGGAAAAGUCUCCUUCAGAGAUGCAGAUCUGCUGGCAAGUGCAUUUCCUCUGUCUGCUCUAGAGGCAGCAAGCACAGCAGAAGGCAGAAGGAUAAUCUCCUACAGCCUACACAGCAGCCUGUCCCCGCAGGGCAGCCGUCUCCAGCCGUGCAUGUCUGCGAGGGGCUGGCAAGGAAAGACACCUACCUGGUUCCCUCUUCCUGCAAAAGCAUUUGCAAAAACUACAAUGACUUGCACAUAGCCGGGGACUACGUGGUGCCCAUUAGCUCAGUCACGACGGAUUUUACCUGCGACAGCGGCAUAGGCCCCUUCUUGGAGUCCUCGGAGAUUCCUCCCCCCAUGGAGUCCGUGAGGGUCCCUCCCUCCAGCGACAGCAGCCGCAAGCCGGCCCAAGGCUACUCCUCGUGCUGGCGGCUGGCCAGCUUAGUGCCCCACCAGCAGCCCCUCUCCGACUCAGCCCUGAAUGACUACCUCGAGCAGAAGCUGCUGGAACUGUAUAAGCAGUACAUCAUGGACAGCACGGCAAACAGGGCAUCCCCCACUCAGAUCCUGGCCUCAGAGCUUAUCAUGACUAACGUAGAUCAAAUCAGCAUGCAGAUAUCACGGGAGAGGAACAUGGAGACCACCAAGGCCAAAGACAUUGUCAUUAGCCGCUUCUUACAAAUAGCCAGUGAAAGAAUAUCUUCAGAAAUGAGCACACCUAGUCUGCAUAUUUCCCCAUGUAGCCACACUAAUGCGUAGUGUUUGAAUGUCUGCCAUUAGAAAGCUUUUAUGUUCUGCAAAGUCAAGUUUUAGUUUCUUAAGACAUUUUUCUGCCUCAUAAAAAUGCAUUUACCAUCUACCAUUUAAAUGAAACCUUCCAGUACAUAUUAAAUAGGUAAAAAUAUCUGUACUGUGCAGCCUCUAUUGUGGAUCAGAUGAUUUAUUGGCUUUUUCGUGUUUUUUUUUUUUGUCUUUUUAAAGACAUUAAAAAAAUUUUGUGGAAAAUGACUAAGAGCAUACGACAUUCUUCCAGGUGCUCAGGUGUUCGCUUUCUUCCCCGCGUGCUUGACAUAUUUCAACUUUCCUCUGUCUGGAGUCUGCCAUCCUGCCCCUGGGUCUGUGUGAAGCAAAGGCUUACCCCCACGCAAGCACAAGAACAGUGAUGUCAGAGACAAAGAAAUAUGGGCUUUAGGAUGUCAUCUAGUUCAUCCCCCUGCCCCAAAUGGCUUUACUUAUGACAUUCCUCAUGGAAAUUUUUGUAAUUUGUUCUGUAAGAUAUCAAGUGAUAGACAUUUAUGCUUUCUUCCAUACUAACCUUAAAUAUUUAAUUGCUGUCUUCCUGUUUGAAAGUUACCAUCCCUUUUUGCGAAGCAAAAGCUGUUUCCAAACAGGCUCCAUCGGUAGGAGCGUGCGUGUGUUCCUGUGUGUUUUGCACUGAACUGAACUAUUCCAAUGGACGCUGGUGACCUGGGAUGACAGACAGACACCACCUCUGCCAGCUGCUUACAGACCUGCAGCUGUGAAGUGGUCGUGCAGGGCCAGUGAUGAUAAUAAAGAGGGAAGAGGAAGAAAAAUUCACCUUUGUUAAGAGAGCUGCACAUUGAAAAAUAAAGGCUCAUCCAAAGCCCAUUUGAUUAAUGCGAACAGUGCCUUUAAACGCAGAAGGAAAGCUGAAGCGGAUCGCUCAGCAGCAUGGCUAACCAUGUCUUUUUGUUGGGAUCGUUGCUGUGUAUCAUAGGUCAAGGUCGUUUGAACCUGAUGUAUUUCUAAUAGGAAGGUCCUUUUUUGUAAAAUUUCACUAAGUCUUAACAAAGAAGAAAUUAAAAAAAAAAAAACAAACAAAAAAGAGCUGCCUUGUGCCAAGGAUGGGUACCUACUUUGAGUCUGUACAAUGUGUAAUAUAUUGUCAA